ACUACCACUCUCUAGUUUUCGUGUUUAGUGUUACGUGUUUCGUGUCUCGUGAAGAUGGCUCGUACCAAACAGACGGCCCGAAAAUCAACCGGCGGUAAGGCGCCGCGGAAGCAACUCGCCACCAAGGCCGCUCGUAAGAGCGCUCCGGCCACGGGAGGUGUGAAGAAACCUCAUCGUUACAGACCCGGUACGGUCGCUCUUCGUGAAAUACGUCGCUAUCAGAAGAGUACGGAACUUUUGAUACGCAAGCUGCCGUUCCAGCGUCUUGUCCGUGAGAUCGCACAAGACUUCAAGACGGAUCUACGUUUCCAGAGUUCGGCCGUUAUGGCGUUACAGGAAGCUAGCGAGGCUUACCUCGUCGGUCUAUUCGAAGACACGAACCUGUGCGCUAUCCACGCCAAGCGUGUAACGAUCAUGCCCAAGGAUAUUCAAUUGGCGCGUAGGAUCCGAGGAGAACGUGCUUAAUUACGUGACGUCGUCGAUUGCAUACUACUGCGUGUGUUUAUAAUAAUAAUAAAUAUACGUAGUAGUAGUAUUUGCAAAAUAUAAUUAUCAAAAAGGCCCUUUUCAGGGCCGCAUAUAUAUAUCUGAAAACGAAAAAAAAUGUUUGUUUCAUACGUUCAAUCACGUCACGAAAUAUUAUUACAAAUUUUAACAUAAUUCACGAGAUCACGUCGAACACGCUAUAAUAAAUAUAUAUAUAUAUAUAUAUAUAUAGUGAUUUCAAAACAAUAUAAUACAUAUAGACAAAACAAUAUAG